UACAACAACGCUUCAAGUGAUAAGCUAUAGAGGGGGAGAGAGAGAGAGAGAGAGAAUAUAAGAAUGGGAAAUGAGGGAGAGAUCGAAGAGAUGCAAUGGCUGUCAUCUUCAACCUCAGAUUCCGACACCAAACUACCUUUGUUGUCUCUCAACCAUGUUUCCUUUGUCUGCAAAUCAGUGAGCAGAUCCGUUAGGUUUUACGAGCAAGUCCUGGGAUUUGUUCUCAUCAAACGCCCUUCCUCUUUCAAGUUUGAAGGAGCUUGGUUGUUCAACUAUGGAAUCGGGAUCCAUUUGCUGGAAUCGGAAAGCGUUCCGGCAAAGAAAGAGAAGAUAAACCCAAAAGACAACCACAUAUCGUUCCAGUGCUCGGACAUGAAGCAGGUGAUGCGGAAAUUGGAAGAGAUAAAGAUCGAGUACGUGACGGCGGUGGUGGAGGAAGGUGGAAUCACCGUGGAUCAGUUGUUCUUCCAUGAUCCCGACGGCUACAUGGUCGAGAUUUGCAACUGCCAGAACCUGCCUGUUCUUCCGCUCUCAGCUUGCCCUCUCAAGCUACCCAAUUCUACCACCAAGGCUGUUUCUUCGUUUUAUGGGAAGGGAGGCAGGGAGAUGAAUUGUUCGGGUAUGGCGAAUCUGAUGAUGGAGAAAUUGGUGAUCGACUUGUUCGACAUAUCAAUCUGACAUGCAAUUUUGUUGCCCGAAAUGUGAUUUGGAGAAGAAUUAUGUUUUUUGUUCUAGGCGUAGUCUAUAUGGUGUGGGAGGUUCAGGGGAUUGUAAGGGUUGUAAGUCUUAUACGAUUCGUGAUUAUUUUUGUGCUUGGAUUGGUUGUAUUUUAUCAACUUUGUUAAUAAAUGUCGAAUGUGAAUUCUUCUCCUUC